UACUUACGCGGGAGACACUUCGAGACCUAAACCUCCUCACUGACCACUGAUCACUUUCUUUUUUUUCUUUUGAAAGCUGCUUCCAGCAACAGCGUCAACGGAGACCCAAUCACCAUCAUCUAGGAAUCACUACGCCAACGUUUUCCAAAGCUCAUUUCUGUGUCGCUACAAGGUUGUCUCCUUGCAGUCUCGGCUCACCAGUGAUUGGAGUUUGCAACCUUCUCUGUGUCAUCCAUUUCUAGAGUUAGAAAGUAGUGUGUGGUGUAUGGCCUACAGUGAUGUGGUGAAUUUGUUUUUGGCCAUUGCGGUUUGGUGUACUGCUUACAUUGCUGUUGCAGUUCUCGCUUCCUUUCAAGCAGUCAAUUACCUCUGUACUUUCUGAAACCUCCUUGCAGUUUCAUAAGGUUACCAUGGGUUAUGCACAACUUGUGAUAGGUCCUGCUGGUAGUGGCAAGUCUACCUAUUGCUCGAGUUUGUAUGAACACUGUGUGGCUUCGCGGAGAACGAUUCAUGUUGUGAACCUUGAUCCUGCUGCUGAAAAUUUUGACUAUCCUGUUGCAAUGGAUAUUAGGGAACUCAUUUCUCUGGAUGAUGUUAUGGAGGAACUUGGAUUGGGUCCUAAUGGUGGCCUUGUUUACUGCAUGGAGCACCUUGAGGAUAACCUGGAUGAUUGGCUCACGGAGGAAUUGGACAAUUAUUUAGAUGAUGAUUACUUGGUUUUUGAUUGCCCUGGUCAGAUAGAACUUUAUUCACAUGUUCCAGUGCUUAAGAAUUUUGUGGAACAUCUGAAACGGAAAAAUUUUACUGUUUGUGCUGUUUACUUACUUGAUUCCCAGUUCAUGACAGAUGUGACCAAAUUUAUAAGUGGAUGCAUGGCAUGCCUUUCUGCAAUGGUUCAACUUGAACUACCUCAUGUUAAUAUCCUCUCAAAGAUGGACCUUGUGACUAACAAGAAAGAUCUUGAUGAUUUUUUGGAUCCAGAGCCCACCUUUUUACUGUCUGAAUUGAAUCAACGGAUGGGUCCUCGGUAUGCAAAGUUGAAUAAAGCUUUGAUUGAAUUGGUUAAUAACUAUAGCAUGGUGAGUUUUAUACCACUAGACUUGAGGAAGGAAAAAAGUAUACAAUAUGUACUGGGCCAAAUUGACAACUGCAUCCAGUAUGGAGAAGAUGCAGAUGUGAAGGUUAAGGAUUUUGAUCCUGAGGAAGAUGAGUAGCAAAUGCAUGUUUUUUUGUAUUUUGUUUUACAUGAACAUGAUGGUGAAUGAAGCUCACUUACAUUGUUAAUACACUGCCUCAUUGGAAAGUUUGAGGUUGUUGUUUGGUUGUAACAUGAAAAGUAUUUGGUUACCACUACUUCAGAUAUAGCUUUCUAUAAAAAAAAGGUGUGUCAAAGUAGACAAUUAGGGAUGACAAUGGUUAUAAUUUGGAUAAGGUAUAUAUGAAAAUAACAAUUUUAAUCUCA